AUACCCUUUGCCCAACGCCGCCUUGACCUCCGUCUUUCCGCGUUUUUCAGCCUCUAAAGAGCAUCGCAUGCGUGUGGUUAUCAUGCAGAUGAAGUUGUUGUAAAAGCUUACUAUCAUUUUCGGAUUUCACGUUCGUUUCGUUUGAAUCUAUUAUUAUGUGUACUAAUAUACGAGUUCCUUAUGAUACGAAUCUUUCUUAUUUGACCUCUCGAGUGCUCCCUGUGCUCGCCCCUCAACAAAAUCGGGUGCAACACGGCACCACUGAAGGAACACCAGCGUCAAGACUCUCAGGGCUAGUGUGUGGCCGAGGCACCCACAUCUGAGAACAUACGGUGGAAGGCUUCUGAAAGCAACAGAGGACAACAAAAUAAUACGCGUCGCCAGCUUCUAUCAGUUAUGGGGACUACAGGCGCAGAGCAGCGGUGACGAAUCCUGGUGACUGCCUCGUUACAACCAGUACUAUCUGUGUCGGAGGCCGGUAUCCCCUCACCAUCAUUCAAGCUGGCGAUCUACUUGUGCUCCAUCUUCCAUGUCCUACUCAUCCCCCAUAUCUUCUUCCUAUUCCCAACAGAAAACUCCUGAUCUACAUCUUGAACCAGAUGCACAAUGGAAACAGAAUCUUCGUGAACAGAUCGACGGAACCGUCCAGGGUCUACUCCAGGACGCGGAGAAGAAGAGGGCUGAAGACAUGAGAAAGUCGCCUCAGGACAAACACCGCAUCCAAGGAGAAUACCAGUCGACCAUCCUAACUAUCAGACAGGCAGCGCGCGAACAGUUUUUGGAAGAGUUGGAACGGUAUCGUGAGGAACGGGCUUAUACGUUGGGGUUGAAUAUGGGUCCGAAAUGGCGGGAACAGGUGUCCAGGGAGCAGGAGGCAAUUCUAAAGAAUAUUCAAAGUGAUGCAGCCAACACCCUGCACAUAGACCCAACCGAUAACAACCUAAAGCACGCCGAAUCGGGUUCGUCCAAUCGCACACCAGAGCAGCAGCCUUCUCCAAGUUCCAAUACACGGACUUCUGGACCACCGACUUCAGCCUCCGGUUCUGAUCGACCUAUGGCGACAGCUUCCAGCCAAGCACGUCAACCCAGUCGUUCAAAACCUGUUGCAUCCACUACAGAAGCACCGUCGAAGCAAGAAGAUACUGAAGACGAAGUGGAGGAACUGCCAAGUCGAAGGCUUAGUUCGGCGUCAAUCGGACCACAACCGCCACGAACUUAUCGCCACCAGUCUGAUCGUUUAGCUGAGCGACCGAUAAACUCUUCUCAGCGUUCUCUCACUACUAAAGCUAGCCAAGAGAUAUGGAUACCGCCUGUCACUGAACCUCCACCCCAAACACCACAGCGUCGAAGUAGUACAGCGAGCAAUCGAUCGGCAGGAUCUACACAUCGACUCAUUAACUCGACCGAUCUGACAUCUGAAACUACGGCGAAGGAUGAGCUCACUCGGAAAAUGGAAGAAGAGAAACGGCAGAUAAAUGCCGCGGAGCAACAUUGGAAAAGUAGCGCUAGUGUGAGAGAGAAGGAGAAAGAAAAGUCACCUUAUCCUCACAGGGGGUCUGAUACCAGGAAGAUAUCUAUCGGUGAAGUGAAGAUCGAGGAAGAGAAGAAACCCGAGACGGAGGAGGAAUCGGAGGCAGACGAAGCAAGUCAGGGACUAGACCGAAGAUUUGGCGGUGACACGAAACAGAGGGAGGCAGAUUCGCCCAUCUCACCUGGUGGUCUGUCUACAUCACCAGCUCAACCACGUCGUCCACCUACUCCACCUCUGGGCACGAAACCUAUUCAUCGACAACCUUCAUUCGUCAGAGAAACAGGUCCUUCAGACGGGCGAUAUUAUGCCCCUCCUCCAGGACCCAGCCUCCUUUCUGCUUCACGUCCUAUAGAGACUUCACCGAUUUCACCUUCAAGUCCCGAAAGUUAUCGAGCACCUCAUCCUACCCACAGCGGAUCCGCAUACCCUUAUCCUCAUCCUCACAUAUCGGCCACACUCUCGUACGCAUCAGAGGGCUAUCCCUAUCCUUCCUCAUACUCCGCUAUGCACUCUCCCCACCUUCACCACCCUCACCCUCACCCUCAUCCAGAAUACGAGCGACGCAUGCGCCACUACCCCUCCAACGAUAGUUUCCACCAAGUUCAUCCUCCCCCUGGAACUUCACCCACGAUUCCCACUCGUUAUCAUCACCAAUCAGCAGGGUACUUUUCCUCCCCACCUCCCCCUGAAGGAAAUUAUUACGGAGGCUACCAUCCUUACGAGUCUAGGAACUCAUAUAGAGAGCACGGACCAGCAGCGGCUUUAGAUUCGAUUUAUAGUCCUCCACCUCCACCUCCACCUCCACCACCCACGAAUCCGCCGUUGGACGGUUGGAGAUCAUGGACAGCGAGCGCGACUACGAGUGCGAAUCCCUCUCCUAGUCCUUAUGCAAGGGGAGGAGAAGAGAUGUACAGAGACUACCACCCCGGUCAUCCAAUUCCAAACGCUCACGGUCGGAGUCGCCAUCGUGCUCGUGGACGAGGUCGGGAUAGAGGACGAGGUCGUACAAUCCGUGGUGGGUAUCCCGAGGUUGACUCUGAAGACGAGGAUGAUGAGGACGAUGAUGAAGAUCCGGACAGUGAAAGCCCGCAUGACGAUGAUGAUGGCAAUCUCGAUUACGAGGACGAGGAGGAAGAUUUCCUGGAAAGUAAAAGUCCUCCGAUCCUGCGACCCCUCCGAACGAGAUCUCGAAAGAGUAGCACCGUCACAGACGUUUCGUCCGCUUCACCUCGACCUCCGAUGUACUAUGAGGAUCCUAGGAUGGGUUUGAGUAGUAGAGGCGGUUCAGUCGAGCGUUCUAAAAGUACGCGAGGUGGGGGGAAUAACAACAAACGAGAACGUGGGUAUUUGAAUACUGGUGUGGCGAAACAGCGAGAUAGGGAGGAAGCAGCCGAAGCAGCUGCUGAACGUGCUAGACAGGAGGAGGUUGAGAGGAAGAGGCGGGAAGAGGCGGAGCGUGAACGCGAGAGAAAGAGACAUCGGGAAGAGGUUGAGAGGAAAAGAGAAGAAGAGCUCGAUCGUGAGCGGAAGAGACAAGAGGAGCUCGAACGCGUGAUACAAGAAGAACGUGCUAAACAAGAGGAGCGUGCAAGGCAAGAAGAAUUUGCCAGACUUGAAGCACAGAGAGCCGCACUUGCAGAGGAAGCACGAGUUCGUGAAGAGAGGUUAGAAGCUGAGAAAGCUAAACUUGCAGCCCAAGCGAGGGAGGAGGACGCGAAGAGGAAGGAGGAGCACGCUAGACGGUUGGCAGAUGAGGCCAAGAGGAAGGACGAGGAAGCCAAACGAAAGGAGAAGGAGAUAAAGAGGAAGGAGGAAGAGUUGAGAAAGCGGGAGGAGGAAUUAUUACGUCGUGAGAGGGAGGAGAUUAAACGUCGUGAGGAGGAGUGGGAAGCGAGGCGACGGGAUGAGGAGGAAUCGCGAAGGAGGAGGCUAGAAGAUGAGCAACGAUGGGAAGAGCAGCGGAGGAUGGAAGAGUCGAGGCGACGGGAAGCAGAGGAAGCUCAGCGCGAAGUGGAACAGGAACAGCGUCGGCGUGAAGAAGAGAUGAGGGUGAAACAGAAACAACAGAGGGAGAUGAAGAGACAGGAAAGGGAGGAAACAAAAAGAAGGGAGGAGCAGAGAAAGAAGGAAGAGAAAGAGAAACGACGGCAGGAAGAUAUGAGACUUGAGGAGGAGCAGGCGGAGAGGAAACGCGAAGAGGAGGAAAGGCAACGCGAAGAGGAAAGGCAACACGAAGAGGAAAGGCAGCGUGAGGAGAGGAAACGUGAAGAGGAGGGGGAGGGAAAACGUCAGGAAGAAGAGAGAAAGCGACAGGAAGAGAAGAGCCGUGAAGAGGAAAUCAGAAAACGGAAAGAAGAGGCCAGAAAGCAGAGAGAGCAGGAAAUACAAUGUAAACAAGAAGAAGAGAAAGCUCUGAAGGAGGAGGAGGAGGCAAAGCGACUUGAGGAGGAAGAGGCUCGUGGAAAGGCCGAUGCUAUGUGGCAACAGCAGGAGAAGUUUCGACGGGAGAAAGACGAUCAGCGAAUGGCCGAGGAGUGGAAACGACAACAAGACGCGUCAGAACGGAAGAAGCGAGAGAAGGAGCAAGAAGAGCAGAGGAAACGAGAACAGGAUUAUGGGGACUAUCAGAGAAGUCGUCCACGACAAGACAGUGUUGGUGACGGUUGGCAAACUUGGUCUUCUGCUUCCACUGCAGCUUCUUGGGCCAACACGAAACGUCCUAAUCCACCCGGUCCCACUUCCAACGGAACUAGUACACCCAAUCGCAGCAGCGCUUCUAGCAAUUCUGCCUGGUCAUCGUCCAGUAAGACUACCUCGGCCUCUAGUGCUUCAGCCUCCAAUGCUGCUCGUGGAACCACCAACACUUCGACAGCAUCGACGCCUAAACAACGUAGUGGCUCCACCAAUACCGCUUACUCAACGCCACCAACAGAAGCAGAGUGGCAGCGUCGCCAGGAGGAGCAUGCUCGUGCACAACAAGAGAAAUUCCGUCAAGAACAGGAGCGGCUGGAGAGGGAGCGACAAGCUCGAGUCGCAAAAUCAAUGAACAAGGAGGAUUUCUCAGCGUUACUUGCCAGCCACGAGCGUCUUUGGAACCGGAUCGCCACUUUGGAUGAACUCCGAUGGGAUUCUUUCCCUUGGCCCAUGCUGCAGAAACCCUCGACCCCGGAGGAUAUCACUCUCACCUCCAUCAGCGCCUACGUUCUCUCACCUCAUUCUCCUGAUAAAGACAAGAAACCUGAAAAGGAUCGUAUCAAGGAGCACAUACGUCGUUGGCAUCCUGACCGUUUUGAAACCAAACUGUUACCCAAAGUGAUCGAUUCGGAGAGGGUGAAAGUGAAAGAGGGUGCUGGUUCAGUCGUUAGAAAUUUGAACGAGUUGCUCACUAAAUCGAGUAUUCCAAAGUUCUUUGAGUAGUCGGGGGUUUUGUUGUUUGUUCAGGGUGCCUCUUAUCGGGUAUCUAGCGGAUUGUUAUUUAUGUUAUCAUCUUGCAUUCACAUGUACACUCAUCCAUUUCCCCCAGUCAUCUGUAUCGUUGUAUAUAUACUUAGCAUCAACAAUCAGAUUCUUGAGCA